UCUCGGAGGUUGAAGUUUGUCCGUUUUUCUUUCGCAAGUUUACAUUACCUGUUUACCUGUAUCUUCUAUGAACUAAUUAGAAGGCUCACGAUAUAAAACUUGCAGGUAAUAAAUAUAUAUCCGGUGCUUGUAGAUUUCCAGCAUUCAACGUGAGGCAAAGUGUGUUUUAACAUUAUUUCAUCCCGAAUAUGAAAUGAACGAAGUCAAAGUGCAACACUUCAUUCCCGACAUAUUGUCAACAACGAGAGAAAGCAUGGAGGUGUUGGCGAGUCGUCCGGAGGUGCGGACGCCAGGCGUCGGCUCCGUCAAAGCAGACCUUCGACAUCCCGGUCUCGACGCCAUCCGCUUUGCAUCGUACCGCACUGCGGCCAAGCUCCGAUACGUGCAGAAACGCACCAAUAUGCACUUGGUGGACAUCUGGAACAUCAUCGAGGCCUUCAGAGAGAACGCACUCAAUACACUCGACCCUUACACCGAUGUCAAGGUCUCUCGCCUCGAGACGCUGAUCUCGACGUUGUACCACAGCCUCAACAAACGUCUCGCUGUCGAGAACAGAAUCAAUGUCGCCGCUUCGACUGCCAUUCUCCUCAACUGGCUCCUAGCUGCUUAUGAUAGGAAGAGUGCAGGACAAGUGCAAGUUUUCUCGGUGAAGGUGGCGCUCGUCACGCUCUGCAACAGCAAACCUCUCGACAAGCUCAGAUAUAUCUUCUCGCAAAUAUCUGACAGCAACGGACACCUGGGACUGUCUCGGUUCUCAGAGUACCUGCUGGAGGUGCUGACGCUGCCCGCCGCCGUCUACGAGAGCCCCAGCUUCCCGUACACUGAAGACCUCGCGCACACCAUCUUCGACGGCGUGUGGCGUAUCAACGUGAACGACUUCUUGGACGUGUUGCUGAGCGACCCUGGGCCAGACUGCCUCACUUGGCUGCCUCUGCUGCACAGACUUGCGCAGUCUGAAGCAGUGAUACACUCGACUGGUUGCGAUGGCUGCCGGCGUGAGCAGUUCAGCGGCCUGCGCUACAAGUGCGACGUUUGUUCUAACUACAACUUGUGCCAGGACUGCUUCUGGCUCGGCAGGGUCUCUGCCCCCCAUCUCCUCCAGCAUCCUGUUAAAGAAUACAUGACUCCUCACCCCAGUCGGCCGCUGAGCUCGUCCAUGCGCCGCAGUCUGCGCUGUAUUCCACUCGCCUCGUCAGACACGCCACGCUUCCCUGAGACACCCGAGCCUACUCUCGACCUGGCGCAUAUUGUGCCGGCAGUGACGCACGGCGUCGCCUCCUCCUUGGAUGACAACGCAGGUCCUCACUCCUGCGACUCGUGGUCCUCAAAUAGAAGUUUCCCGGGUAGCAACCACUACCCAGACUGGUCAAGUCUUGACGAUGAACAUCGUCUCAUAGCUCACUACGCUCACUGCCUCGCCCUCCAGCACGUCACCAACACUACCAGCGGGACCCCCGGGGAGGUGACGGCAGACGCGGCCAUAAGUCCCUCUUGCCUGGACUCCUUCAAGGCACAGAAGGAACUCAUCCAGGAGCUCGAAACCAAGAACAGGGAAAUCACAAAAGAGAUCAACAAAAUCAAAGAACAGACCAUGUCGGGGAGCGGUAACCCCGCGCUGGCGUCGGAGCUGCGGACGCUCAGAAGUCACAAGUCGCAGCUCGAGGCUCAGCUAGGUGGCCUCCAAGACUCCAGGAAACAACUCAUGCAGCAGCUUGAGGUCCUCAUGAACAGACUCAAGAGCCAAUCUUCAAACAAAGGCCAGACUCGGUCAUCUCAGAACCCCGGUCCUAAGCCCUCGCCAAACCCGCACUCCUUAUCUUCCACCUGCUCCACGACGGCCUCUAAUUUCGGCGGAAUGACGUCCUCGGUCGGCAUGAAGAGCAACUCAAUGUCAAGCGCCGGUAGCACUUCAGAGCUCUCGAGCUUCGGCUUGAGCGGCAGCGUGACCGGCCUAUCGAGCUACGGGAUCGGGGGCAGCCAGACAGGACUAUCAUCCUUAGGGAUCGGUGCAGGAGGCGGCAGUUCUACAGGACUCUCUAGCUUAGGACUCGGUCUUGGCGGCAGUAGCACGGGACUAUCAACUAUUGGCUUAGGAAGCUCAGGACUUAGUGGGAGUAAUUUAGGACUUUCUAAUUUAGGGCUUGCAAGUUUAGCAGGUUUCGGGCAAAUGAGUGGCAGUUCCACGGGAUUGCAGAGCGCUGGGCUGACUCGAACAGGCAGCUUUGGAGGCUCAAGAGAGCACAUGACGGCGUUCCAAGGAAUGGGGAUGCGUAACGUUCCCAGAGCAAAGGACCCUUUUUCUCGCGACGUUCCGGGCUACCCACAAAGGGGUGACUACCCCAUGAAGAGGGAUGGCGGGCCACCGCCACCACCACCACGUGACAUCAGCACCGCCGGCACCAUCACCGCCGCUCAGCCCGCCUUGUCAUACUCGGCUCCCGCCACACCGUCCCAUGGUGCCGGCUUUGGUUACAGCUCCCAGGACACCAUGGCUGAUCCUCACGAGAGUCGUAAAGAGUCUGGAGGAAACUACUCAGGCUCAGAUUCUGGCGGCUCAGAUGGCGAGCAGAUUCGUUCAGAUUUAAUUAUCGCUGCUGACUCCGUCACUACAGCCAUGUCGUCUUUGGUUCGGGAGCUCAACUCAGAGAGUUCUGAAGACGAGGAUCCUGCCAAAGGACGUCGCCGACACUCGCUGGCCGCCAAGAGAGUGAGCAAAGGAGAGGAGCUGGUGUGGCCGGUGCUCGCAUCAAGCAAGGGUGAGAAAGGACAGCGCCGAUCAGACGGCCGGUGGGGGGAACGCAGCUACAGCGUCGAGGCGUCUCUUGUCGGGAGACAGCCUGGGGCCAGAGACCCGGGCUACGGCGGAGACUCCGGUUACGGUGGAGACUCCGGUUACGGCGGAGACCCAGGUUACGGUGGAGACCAUGGCUACGGCGGACCGCCCGGAGCCGGGAGACCCAGGACUGCGUCGGGAUCUCAUGACACGUCAGCUCAAAACGGCCCAGCGCGUUAACGUUAUAAGACUGGUGAUGUCUGUUUCAUUUCUAUCCGGUUUUGUGAAAUCUUCUAAUAAUGUUUACCGUGAAUUAUAGUUUAAAUUCAAUAAUAGUAGAUUUGAUUGUCAAACAUGAGUGUCGAGAAAACUUUACUAUAUAUUAUGUAUACCAUCAAUCAAGUAACCAGAAAAUUUAUAAGAUUUAAUAUAGGCAGGAUUGGAAACUUGUUUUAAAAUGUUUCAAUCCGAUUUGCGUGUUUCCGAUUGUUAUGAGGCAUCUGUUACCAGCAUCUAGGUACGAAUAGCAUUAACGACAGGUUAUGAAUCAGUAGAUACUAGAUUACCAAUUGGGCUGCUAAUGGUAACAUAGUUACCUGGUCUUUACACAAUAAUUGCAUUGAAGACGGUUAAUGAAUAAGUAGAAAAAAUAUAUCAGUACUCACUGUAGUGAGUGACAGAGAGCGCAUUUUUUCGUCCAUACGUGACGUGCAGUCACGGAAGGACGGCAUGACGAGCACAAUAGCGCAUUUUUUUCAUAAAUGAGAAAAUGCGCUAAAAAGGGUAAAAACAGCGCUGUUACGUGGUGUGAAGUUGCAUACAUUGGAUGCCUCAUGAUUAAGAAUUGUGUUUGUUGUGUGUCUGUGUUGGGAACGUGUUGUGUGAGGAUGCUUUUAACUUGAAACUGAGUUGACAUUUUUUCAAACUUUAUUUUAAACUUUAAUAAAAUUUUAACACUUGAGAUUAAAACUGAUUGUAAUAUUUUGGUUGUGGACAAUUGUUGUUUCCCCCUGAGACGACGAGCAGUAUAGUAGGAUUUUGUUCUCUUGAGGAUGACGCGGAUGAGAUUGUUUUUUAGUCUUGCUUCUCCUUCAUGACGACAAAUCUCUUCCACAAAGACAAUUUAUUCAAGCAUUAAAACUAAUAGUAAUCAUUAGUAUGGUACAAAAAAAUCUAAAUAAAAAUAGAAGUAAACAUAACUAAACGUUUGAUAUAGAAGUGCAAUAACAAACUUCAACUAUUAGUACUACUUGAGACUUGGUGCAGUUUCGUAAUAAAUGCGGUUUCAGCGUUAUUAGGCCUGUCGCCGAUUAUUAACAGCUGAGAACAUUCACAGAAUUUUGUGGUCUCGAACUCGUAAGUCACUGCUACAAUUCUGCUGUGCUUAAC